CUGUUUUGGAUCCAGCGGGAGGAAAUGCCCGAGUGUCGUCAUUGUGAGGACCACCUAGAGGAUACGGUGGAGCUUACGGUGGCGGUAUGCCCUGCCUGGGCUGACCACCGCCGUGUCCUCAGGGAACUAAUCGGCGGCGGCGACCUCUCGCGCCCGGCCUUAGUCGAGGCCAUGAUGCGAAGUGAGAGCAACUGGAAAGCCGUCUCCCCUGUCUGCAUAUACGCAAAGGAGGAGGCGAAAGUGAAGAAACUAUCCUCCUCGCGCCCCAGCCGCCGCAGUAGGCGACAUUCCGGGUGUCGGGGAUCUGGAGAUGAUCUCCGGCCACCGUAAGCGCGGGUCUGCGGAGGGCGAGUAAGGGCAACUCGCCGCCCGACCAGAACCAGACCCAAGCGUACGGCACUAAAUUUUCCGCGCGCGCCUCAAAGAGCCAAUAGACCAACAUAGGCGGGGCCUAACAGGGCUGAUGUCCAGCCGGGGUUGCAGAGCAAGCCCAAUAAGGUACUACGGCCUCAGCAUGGAGCAGGUGAUAGACCGAGGGGAUUUUAAUCAGUAAGAGUCUGACACUCCCUCCCGCCUGACCCUGGGCGGGAGAAGUCAUUUGAUGAUUUUCCCCUCACAAAAAAAAA